UUAAUAAACAAAACAGCUGAGUGUUUAGGGAUUUGCAAAUCAAACGCCCACAUAUCGCUUUUAUUUCGAAUUUAUUUUUUAGGGCAUGAACUUGAAUUCAUUAAAAUAACAACUUAAAAGCAAUUGGAAUUUCAUAGAAUAAAUUCAGUGUUUGUUAAAGAGAGAAUAACAGUAUUUGCAAGCAUGUCCAACCCAUUCGGAGAACCUGACGAUGAUGAAUCAGACGAAAUCUUGGAAGGCUUCCUUUGUCCAAUAUGCCGAGAAGACCUCAAGUCGGCCGAAUUUCUAACUGUGCACUUCGAAAGGUCGCACGCAGAGCAACAAGAUGCGCUUAAGUCUGUUUUUAAAGAUAUUAUUUCAAAAGCUAAAAAUAAGAUUCUCAAUAUUGACGAGACUUUUGACCUCUCAAGAAGCUUGGAAAGGAAUGCAUCCAUUAGCGGCGCUGCCGGAGGCGGUGGUAAUGUUGUGGCAGGCGCCACAUAUGGUACCAAUAAUAAAGCAUUAAACUUGAGUAAUGCACGUACAAGAACGAAUGUCUUCAAUUUUAUGGAUCACCAAGAGGUUGGUGCAGAACGUAAUCAUCUAGAGUAUUUUCAGUCAGUAAGAAAUCCACGGCUGGAGCGAUAUGCCAGUGAAACAAAUAAAUUGAUCAUACGCUUACAUAAAUUACUAACAAAUUUGCCAACGGAUCCAGUGUUGCGCAAGCAACACGAACGGAAUAUUGUUACAUGGUUGGAUGGCAGUUCUGUAAAAUUAUGUCCUAGUUGCGCAAAAAAUUUCCACAUUGCUCGCCGUCAGCAUCACUGUCGUCUCUGCGGGAGUAUUAUGUGUAAUGACUGCUCCAAGUUUCUAUCAAUAGAUACGGCACUGCAACUCGCCAGUUUGGCUAUGUCACAAAGCGAAACGAUAAAACAAACGCAAGGUGCCGCCGAAGCAAAUGCAUCAAAUCCACAUCGCAAUAGCAUACGUUCCUGUGAUCAUUGUCUCUGGCUUUUAGAGGCUCGACAAGAGAUGCACGAAAGUCGAACAUACCGUCCGCUUGUAUCACAAAUUUAUGCUGACAUACAACAAUUACGCAAAGAUGUGCUACCGGACAUUGAAAUGUACUUGAAAAUUGUUGGCAGUCUCUACGAGGGAGAGUCAAUUUUCACUCUGGCAGAUGCAAGCGCAUUGCGUGGAAAAAUUGGCCAAGUGGCUGAAGCAAUCGAUUUGCGAAGUAAACGUAUAUUAGCGCUGCCUUGUCAACAGGGUAGUCGUGAGGAAGCUUUGAAAAAAUCAAUACGUCUAUCGUGCAUUCAACUAAUCAAAGAUAAAAUGCUUUCGAUACCGCCACUGCCUGCCGAGGAAGACAUACGAAAAAUUCAAGAUCGUAAACGCAUGGAAGCAGAACAACGGAUCGAAACUGAACGUAGACAAGCAAUGGAAGCAUACGAACGACAGGCUUUGGCAAGUAACGUCAGUGGCAUUCAAAAUAGGACGAACAAUGGCACCAAUUAUGCAUAUGGGUCCGAUUUGCGCUCAUUGGAUAAUUGGUCGGCGCAGCCUGUCAAUAUAUCGCAAAGUGAAGAUCCACUUAUAGAACAAAUAAAUAUUAUAAAAGCGUAUAUAAAGCAAGCGCGUCAAGAAAUGAAUUUCGAAGUGGUGGAAACUUUAGAACUGAAUUUACGCGAGCUACAGCGAGAGUUCUACGAGAGACAGAGAGCAUCUAGAGAUUUUCACCCGGAGGCGGAAAGAAACCAACAGCUGACUCAAUAAAAGCAUCAUUCAGACAACUUAUAAUUAUUGAAGAAUUUUAGUUUGCGUACAUCUAAAUUCUUCAGUAGUGUAAGUAAUUAUAAAAUUUGUAAUAAAAUAGAAUUCCAAAAACCGCAUUAUCAGUGAGCUUGUGCUGAUAAGUUGCGUAUUUAUAUUUCGUUACUGCUUGCAGACGAAGAACUCCUAUAAAUAAAAUCAGAGGGUGAUUAAAUAAAAGGAUCACCCAGGAAAAGAGUAUUUACCUGAGAAUAGAUGUUUUCGCACAUCUAUAAUAAAUUUACUAAUUUAAGUAAUAAAGUAGUUAAUUUAUUAUUCCAAAAACAGUGGGUACAAUAUUUUGCUACUACUUGUUAUUUAAGGGGGAACAUCAAUGUGAUUUAAAAAAAAUCGAUUUUGUUUUUGCAUUUUCUUAAAGUAGAUAUAUUCGAAAAUAUGUAAAAAGAAUUUUAACUUAAAAUUUUGAAAAUUUACGAAGUUAUACCCAAUACAAUAAGUGCAGGUAGUGAGUUACAACGUCCAAUGAAAAAUUUAAACGCGUUUUUCUCAAAACGACUUUUCUGAACACGGUGGCCUCGAUUUCUUGAAGACUUAUGAACCGAUUUUAAUUUUUUUUUUUAAUCUUUAGGCAUGCAUUGGCUACAGUCGUACAUAGCCGUUUUUAAAAAUUCCAAAAUUAAUAUUUUUUCAAACCUUUCGAAAACAAAAAAAAAGGGUAAAAACACAAACUCAGUUUUCAAACCUGCACCAUUUUCUCCAAAAAAAAAAAAAACGCCACGUACGACGAUAGCCAUUGAUGUACAGAUUAAGAAUUUUUUCGGUUUUUUGCUAUCAGAUGAUUUUUCACCGCUGUAUCGUGGCCACCGGGGUGCAUCAGUUUUUUAUGACGUCAUUGCAUUAAUAUUAAUAACAAUUGUAAUUUUUAAUAUUUUUUUAUAAAAAUUUCUGCCAGUAUAGUUGAAUAUAUAUUAAAUAAAUUAUAAUUUGUCCGAUCCUCAAAUGAUCAUCCCUACUUAUAAAAAAAUUCAUGAAAAUCACUUAAUUUUCACACGUUCACCGGUUUUCCCCCUUAACUGCUGUUGGAAGGAUGUAAAAUACUUCGUAGCAAUUUUCGCAUUAUCCGGUUGUAGUGACAGCCGUUGCCUGUGUAUAAGUCCGGGUAGUUCUGAUAGCGUGCACACGAACGUCGCGAGAACACUUCCUUUUAAUAAGCAACUACUAAUAACAUAAAACACUGCUACAACAACAACAACAUUGAAUACUUUUUUUGCAUAAAGGCAUAGAAUAUUAAAAUUCGAUUAACGGAACGUUUGCACUUCGACCUAAAGGCCUUUUGUGCUCUUUACUCAUCACAUUACCUCAUUCAAACGCUGUUCCCUCAGUAAACCUAAAAUUGAGCCGAGUAUGUCGAGAUGUCUACAUCUUCUCCCUAUGGCAUGGCAUUCGAGAAGAAGUUGUAUUGCAGUUUUCGGGGAUUGCUCGCAAAAACGACAAGAGUCGGUGGACCAAGUACCGAGCCUGGACAGGCUGCGCAAUCUGCUGUGACCUGUGAGAAUGCCAGUCAGUAUACUCAGUUUGCCCUUAGAGGGAUUUAUGAGAUGCUUAAAUCGCAUAUAUUUUUAAACGACGCGAUAGAUGAUAUUUCUCUUUAGCACGCAAAUAAUGUGCUA